GUUGCCUCUUCAUUUCCAGCACCAACCCCCUCGUUCCUCGCGUUGCCGGCCCCCUUAUUCGAACUGCCAUCAUCUUCUCCGCACUUUUCUUCUUCUUCUGAUCAGAAAAACACGCGAAUCCUAGCAAGCCAACACAUCAGACAUGGCUAGCUUUGACGAGCAGAUCGACGCUGUGGCCCAACCUAUCUGUCGCGAACUGGAGGUCGAUGAUUUUCUCCGAGAAAUGGAUUUUUGGUCAGACUCAGUCCCUCCUGCCGGCAAUACCAGCUCUACCAACCCUGACAUCCACACCACAGCCAUUGAUUUCGACUAUAACAAACAUAUCAGUGAUGCGCCACGCAAGAUCAUUCAGGUACCAGGGACAUGGGCCUAUGGUUACACCCCCGCCGCCGACCCUCUCUUGUCUUCGAUUACCGCGAGCGAGAUCUCAUCUCCGUCUAUUUCGACCUUUGUAUAUGAUUCUGCACCCGAUAAUAGACUGAUCGGACACACUGGCCAUCUUUCCUGCCGCUCACUUCUUGCUGCGAUCGAUUUCGGACCAUCCUGGCAAACAAUAUCCCCUCCACAAGGAUCUUCAAUGUCUAUGUCCCACGACUGCCUGCAUCUUGACCAUAAAGAGAGCCAACUGAAUCGAGCGUGGGCACAACCUCUGGACCCUGUGUGGGCCUUGUGUGCGCAUUCGAUUGCAACCAAUAGUUUUUGCCAGACCCUAGCGUACGCACCCAAUAACGACAGCCGUGAAUUUGAGGUUGGUAACAACCCUUAUUUCUCUGCCCUAAGCGAUAUCCUCCCCGAGACGCCUUCAGCCGCAUUAUUUGUCCCCUCGCUCGCAGCUUCCUUCUUUUAUCCAUCGUCUCUUUCUUCACCAGCCAGCUUGGCGCUCCCAUUCCUUCAGGCUUCAAACAUCGCUCCUGGCCCUUCCACUCCUUUCGGCCUCGAUCUCUCUAUCAUACCCAAUGAGACAGACGGUACAUUCCUCAUAGACACCGCAUGUGCCUCGGCAGCGGUUGCAGCUCCUGCGACUGAUGUACCGACAGCAGUAUCGACAGUAGGAUCGCCCAUCACAUCCCCUUUCUCUUAUCCAUCACCCUAUUACCCUUUGGUCGACCCAGCACUUUCCUUCUCGCCUACUCUUUACACCUCCAGCCUUCCUGCUACACAAUAUGUGGCAGAUAGUACAUUCACAGCAAACAUCACGUCUACGCUCAAUACCAUCACAGCACCCGCUAGCGACGUCCAGCCAGAUGUAACACCCACGCCAGUGGGAACAGCAGUACUCGCCCAAACCAACGACACUCAACCGCCUCCCAGUAAGAAAAACAAACGCUGCAAUGGGAGCAGCAACGUCGGCAGAGGCUGUUCGUUUUUGGUACCAAUCACCCCUUCGAUAUUCCGAAGGUCAGCCCCAGCAGAGGGCAAGGCAGCGUUAGAUGGCACAAAGCGCAAACGAGGUCGACCUCCUCUUGAGCGGAUGGACGAUAUCAAGGCAGAAUCGCCAGAACCAGCUAAGACGACCGCAGCGGCGGUGCUUUCUCGAGCCAAAGUCAAGAUCAAAGCCGAAGUCGAGGAGCUGAGUAUAGUCAAGACUGAGACCGGGAGACUGAACGAGGCCAAGGUCGAGAUUCAAGAGCUGGAGCCUGUUAAGAUCGAGAGUGAAGGACUGAACACGGUUAGGCAUCAGACCGAGAACUCAAGUAAAACGAUCCAACGCUCACGAAAAUCAUACUACUCCCCAUCAUCUUGGCUCUUGUCACCACCGCCGAUGCCGUCAGCCUUUCCUGUUGCUGAAACAGCCGCAAGCCCAGCUUCUUUGAGGUGGCCAUCUCUGCCACCUUCACCGGCUCCUUCGUGCUUGCUUCCAUUGACACCAUCUUCAAAUAGGCAUUCCCCUGUCGCAUCAACUCCACCAUCAUUCGUACUCAGCAAGUACCAUUUUGCGGAACCAUACGACCCUCAGCUCAAAGUCGAUGGGAGACACUUCAAUUCCGCAAGAAUGUUGGCGCAGGCCAGGCUGAAAGAAAUAGAGAGCGCGAGGUCAACAGAAUUUCUAGACAAUCAACCUGAGUGAUAUUCACGACACAUUUCGCCAUAGUAUGCUCGGCUUCGCCCAUUUUUCGUGCUACAAGGACGUGAUCGGUCUCCAAAGACAACAAGCAGGAGAGAGAGAAGGGUCUUUGUCGUGUAGGGUCAGUCCUUCAACAGAACGAGAGCCACGGGGCCCUUCGGGCCCCAUAAUCGAACCUGUGCUAUAUUUGCCAUACGUAUAGAAUUUAGCUUAACAAGACGCGUACGAUUCGAUAACCCGC